AUGAAUAACGAGAACGAAAACAUCGUGGCCGAGGCCUUGCGGCUACUUACCGCCCUAGAGGGCAGCGUAAAGGAGGUGGCCGCAAGCCUCGAUGCGAAGAUGAAACCGGAGGUGGCCGCCGUGAAGGUGGACAUCUUGGCGUCCCUGUGGCGGGACGGGAACGCCGCGCUGAUGCGCGUCGAAAGUGUCACCGGCCCCCAUCCGCGCAGGGGCCCCUUCACGGAGGCUUAUGCGGCAGCCAUGGCGGCUGCAACCAAGCGCCGUGAGGGAGCCGCCUCCAAACCGUCUAUUUUGGACACCACGAUGGCGGGGCAGCCAUCGCGAGCAGACCACCUGCCUCGCAUAGAACUGCCCAAGUUCGAGGGCUCGCCCUCCGAAUGGCCCGCGUUCUCGAGUCGAUUCGAGAAGCGCGUGGCCGGACUUACGGAGGACUCCGAUAAAUUCGCCUUUUUGAUAAAAUGCCUCGAGCGGUGCGACAUCGCGAGGCACAGUUGUGAGGCAUUCGAAAACGCCGGAAUGCCGUUCGCCCAAGCUUGGGCCAAGCUGGAGGAGAGAUUUUAUAAGAAGCGGGUGGCAUUUAUGGGCCACAUCCGCAAAAUCCUCGAACUGCCCAGGAUGAGCUCUCCGUCGGCGAACGCGUUGAUGCGCGUCAUCGACGUAGUGGAGACGGCCGUGGCCUCAGCCCGCCAGAUCGCCGAGGCUGGCGAUUCCACCUCCGUGGUGGAAGACGGGCUGAUUGUCGCGCUCGUAAUGGACAAGCUAGACGCUGAAACCAUUGCGAGCGUGACACGGCGUGCGGACCAGCAGCUCAUCCCUACGUGGGUUGAGCUGCGUCGCGAGCUGGAUGGGCUGGCUAAUAAAAUUUAUUAUCAGCCCAAGCGGAAGGAAGAUGCGGAUCGAGCGCGUGGAGCGAACCAGCGAGCAGCACGGACGGUGCUAGCUGCAACCGUCACCCCGAAGCCUGCUGCCAUCGCCUCCAGACGUGCCUCGGUUGACAUUUCACCAACGGAAGACAUCCCGCUACUGGACAACUACGUGCUACUCGCUACGGUCGCGAUACUCAUCCAGGACAACAUGGGAAUGUGGCAACGGAUCCGAUGCGUGCUCGACUCCGGCAGCCAAAUCGAGGCAAUCACCAAGAAUGCGGUUAAGCGUCUUGGAUUAGCGAUGCACCCUGCACGAUUGACGCUGAGUGGCGUGGGGAGCAAAAUCCCAGUAACCCAACAAAUACGAGCGAAGAUUACGUCGAUUGACGGCAGCUGCUCUGAGGAUGUCGGAUUCUUCGUGAUUCCCGGUCUCAGUGAUCAACCGGCUCGUGCCAUCAGACAAGACAAAUUGGACCUGCCAGAGGCCAAGUUCCUAGCAGAUGCGGAAUUCUACCAUCCUGGAACAAUCGACGCUAUCUUAGGUGCCAGAAUAUGCUUCGACGCACUCAAGACAGGGCUGCGUCGCCUCCCAAAUGGCUUGACCCUCCAGAAUUCUAAAUUCGGAUGGCUCGUGGGAGGAAUGCUACGUGACACGACUUCAGCCGAUCUAUACGAACAAAGUUGUCUAGCUACGUGCGUCGAUGACCUAAAGGAGAUCCUCGAACGAUUCUGGAGAAUCGAAGAACUCCCAAAUGAUGCCGCCGACUCCACGGUUUGGAAGUCUCACGAACUAGAGACGCACUUUAAGGAGCAUACCACCAUCGCUGACGAUGGACGAUACAUCGUACAAAUUCCCUUACGGGGGGAGCUAAACCAGCUGGGAGAUUCAAUGGGGCAAGCAAGACGCCGCUUGCUAGCCCUAGAAAGACGUCUCGCCAGCCAUGAGCCCACCUACGCAGAAUAUCGAAAGUUCAUGCGAGAGUACAAAGAGCUGGGCCACAUGUGCCCAGUAUCAACGGAGGAGCUCCCCAAAGUACGCUACGUGAUUCCCCACUCUUGCGUGGUCAAGCCAGACUCGACUACCACAAAACUACGCGUUGUGUUCGACGCCAGCGCGAAAUCAACGACGGGAAUCUCGCUGAACGACCUCCAAGCCGUAGGACCCGUGAUCCAGCCUGACUUGUUCCGAAUCUGGCUAGAUUUCCGUACUCAAACCGUGGUGGCGACUGCCGACAUCGUGAAGAUGUACCGUCAAGUGUGGGUAUCCGAGCCCGACACUUGGAUGCAGUGCAUUCUGUGGCGCGACAAGCCAAAGGACACGAUGCAACUAUUCAGACUCCUCACUGUUACGUACGGUGAGGCUGCUUCGUCUUAUUUGGCCUGCAGGGCGUUGUUCGAAGCCGGGGAAGAAGUGCGGACUUCCGAUCCCCAGACAGCUGACGCCAUCCAAUCAUCGUUCUACGUGGACAACCUUUCGUUGGGCGCAUCGACUCCCGAGCAGCUACGUGAGCUUAUGACCAGCGUCGAGCGAGCACUCAACAUACGCGGGAUGCCAUUGCGAAAGUGGGCAUCUAACUCACCAGAGAUCACCAGUAAAAUCCCGGUGGAACACCGCGAUACAACUGUACAGAUUGGUGAGAAGCAGGCCAUCAAGUUGCUCGGCCUGGCUUGGUGCCCUACAGAGGAUACGUUCCAGCUCGUAGUCCAGGAUGAGUUCUACGAGCCUUUGGGUUCAUUGGAGAAACGACGUUUAGCAUCCAAAGUUGGCAAGCUGUAUGAUCCUAUCGGGAUCCUCCAACCAGUGAUAGUCACCGGAAAGAUUCUGCUACAAGACCUCUGGCGAGAUGGCUUCGGAUGGGAUGAAGCCGCAUCACCUCGCAUGAUCGAAAGCUGGAACGGAUUCGCCAGCCACCUGCCGCUUCUCAGACAGCUCCCAAUCCCAAGGAUGGCGCUGCCCAGCGAACCUCAGGGCGCGAUCAUGUACGGCUUCAGCGACGCAUCUACGAAGGCCUUUGGAUGCGCCAUUUACCUUCGCUUUCUGGACGGUGAAGGAAACCCGCAAUCUCGGUUGCUGUGCUCCAGGUCGCGAUUGGCACCCAUCGAAGAGGUGACUUUGCCGCGACUCGAACUGCAAGGAGCUCUGCUCCUAGCUCGCCUUUAUGCCAAAAUAAAGGACGCCUUUGGCACCCGGAUAAGCCAAACUCGUUGGUGGACUGACUCUCAGGUGGUACUGGCUUGGAUACGUUCCGACAACACCAAGUGGGGAGUCUACGUUAAGAACCGGGUGGAGAAAAUUCACGCUGCCACGAAUCGUCUGGAUUGGAGCUACGUGCCGACGAAACUCAACCCAGCAGACCUCGUGUCCAGAGGACUUCCUGCCAACAAGCUUAUAAACAGCGAGACUGCGAGUUUUUGGCUGAACGGACCGAGUUUCAUAGUCAAUGAUGAAAGGCCAGUUAUGCCUCAACUAAACUACGUGACUGCGUUGGAGGAAGCUGUCGACGCUCCUCUAUUGUUGACGGCCAUGGUGGGGAACGAUUGUGAUGACUUGUUAUCCCAGUACAAGCACCACAACUCGUUCAUCAUGACAAGACGACAUUUCGCGUGGCUCGGUAGAGCAAUCUUUAACUUACGCGCACCCUCAUCCUCCGUGGAGAAAAAAUCAGGACCCCUUCAGCUCGACGAAUUGGAGUACGGACUCCAACUGAUAGUACGGGUGAUGCAAGCUACGUGCUUUCCCAAUGAGGUCAAGGAGAUGCAAGACUCCGGGUCAGUUACGCCCAAGGGUUCGAUGCAGCACCUCGACCCAAUAGUAAAGGAUAAGAUCAUCUGCGUACGGGGACGACUAGGAAACUCGGAUCUGGCUGACGAAGCCAAGGUUCCUUUCCUAGUACCAAAGUCGCAUCCCUUCUCCCGCGUAAUCAUCCGCCAUUUGCACGAGCACAAUUUCCAUGCGGGAACUGAGCUGAUCAUGGCCGAAUUCCGUGCGAGAUUCUGGAUGCGAGACCUGCGAAGAACAGUCGUCGGGGUAACCUCGAGAUGCGUAAUUUGUGCCCGAGCGCGCCCAAGACAAUACGCCCAGCAGAUGGGACAGCUGCCGUCGGCUCGCGUCAACGUGUCUCCCGCCUUCAUCCACACCGGCGUGGACUUGUGUGGCCCCUUCGAAAUCGUUUCAAAUGCUCGAUCAGGCAAGCGUAGAACGGUCUACGUUUGUAUCUUCGUGUGUUUCACUACGAAGGCCACGCACUUGGAGGUAGUGGAAGAUCAGUCGACAUCGGCGUUCAUCUCAGCUCUAUUACGAUUCGUGUCCCUACGUGGAAGACCUGACACGAUCUACUCCGACAACGGCCGCAACUUCGUGGGAGCUGCCAGAGAAUUGACCCUGCUUCGCAAGACUCACAACAACCGGGAAUUCCAGGACGAAGUGGUGAGCUUGGCAGCGGACAGCGGAAUUCGUUUCUCGUUUAUCCCUCCCAGGAGCCCAAACUUCGGAGGGCUUUGGGAGGCCAACAUCAAGGUGGCAAAACGAUUGUUCAAGGCCGCCGCAAAGGGAGCCCAGCUGAACUUGGUAGAGCUACAGACGUUACUCUACCAAAUUUCGGCCAUUCUCAACUCCAGGCCGCUCACCGCAAUCCACUCCAGUCCGGAAUCGGUAGAGGCACUUACCCCUGCGCACUUCCUCAUCGGACGAGCAUCAUUCACCACUCCUGCCCCGCUUGGAGACGAUGACACGGUCGGUGUCAAAACUCGCUGGAAGCGAGUCCAGAAACUCGCUCAGCAAUUCUGGUCCCGUUGGCGAACUGAGUACCUUGCUCAGUUGCGUUGUAGUGCGAAGUGGACGAAACGCACUACAAACUUGCAGACGGGCCAGAUCGUGCUAGUCGGUGAUGACAACCUACCCGUUGGACGAUGGCCCAUGGGCCUGGUCGUCAAAACCUACGUGGGACCCGACGGCAUCGUACGUGUCGCUGACAUACGAACAAGCAGCGGCAUCUACAAGCGCAACGUGAGGCUGUUGGCACCCCUCCCAGUUGAGGCCGCUGAAACGGAAGUAUCCAAGGAGCAUUCGGGCGCACCUGACUCUUCCGUAUCCGACGCAGCGCCAAACGAACAACUUGAGGGAUCAGCAGCGCAGUGUCCUCCUGACUCGACUCCUGGCUACGUGCCGCCGACGACCCCUGAGCAUGAGGACGACCCACCACCUACGUGCGGAAUUUGGGACGGUCGCCUGCGUCCCAAAGGGGGGAGGAAUGGUUGUGGGAAAUAA